AUGGCCACGCAAAUGGCCACUCAAUCACAAACCCCAGCCCCUACAUACCCGUUCCUUACCGCUGCUCUCGACGGUACUUUGACAUACUGCUCUACAGCGGCAGGUGAUCUCGGCUUACUCUUCAACGCCAUAUACGCCCACCCACAGCUCUCUCUAGUGCUGAGGCGGGUAGAACUCUCACUCGCAUUCGACAACGCCCGCCACUCUGGGGUGCUAGAGUUCGUGCAAGAAGUUGUUGAGAGGACUGGGCUAGAGAUGAAACUAGCGCCACUUGGAGGAGAUGACUGGGAGAGGGACGAAGAGGACAUGGAGUUACAAGAGGAAGACGAAGAGUUAGUAGAAGCUGGUCUUGACAAAGACAACAUCGAUACCGCCAUUGAUGCUGAUGUCGUUAUGAGCGUUGUUGACUCCAAGGCAAAAGCCUCGAUCGCAGUACAAGCCAACAGCAAAGACGAAGAAGACAAAGGCUCGGAUAAGCACACCACACACGCGAGGCAAACAUACGCAUCCCUCACCGACUCAUCCAUCACAUCCACGGGCCCCUCCAUCUCAGCAUCUGGCCCUCCUUCCAGCGAUUCUACAGGCAAUAACGACGACCUUCUCCACACCUCGGACGAAUCUAUCCGCGACCAAAUCAAGACCACCAUCGAAGACUUUGAACUACUCAAGGCCAUGUCUCAAAUCACGUCGCUCGACGAAGUAACCGAGCAGAUGCAUCGGCAACUGCUCUUAGCGCUAUUGAGCGUGUGCGAAAACGUCGAGAUCAUUGAGCUCCCGCAGCCUGUGGAAAUAUUGGAGUCAUGUUAA